UUCCCGACACAGUAGGACAAAGGAAAUGUUUAAAUCUAGAUAGGAUGAAGGGGUAAAAAUGGUAUUAUCGAAAAGUUGUUCCUGGUGCCAAGAACUUUUGUGUUGUUCUCAUGUCUAAGUCUAAUCGAUCCAAGGAUGAUGAGGCCAGAAUGUCUGGCUGCUGCUUCCCUGUAAACCUUGAUCGAUCCAUGAAGAGUGGUCUUAGCUUCAAGAAGAAUUCAUCCGGUUCUUUCAAAGGAGAGUCCCAAGAGAAGAGGCCACUGGUUGUUUGCUUUGGGGAAAUGUUGAUUGACUUUGUACCAACUGUUGGAGGAGUUUCUCUUUCAGAAUCACCUGCUUUUAAGAAAGCCCCUGGUGGGGCUCCUGCUAAUGUUGCUGUAGGGAUAUCAAGAUUAGGGGGCUCAUCUGCUUUUAUUGGCAAGGUGGGUGAAGAUGAAUUUGGGUUCAUGCUGGCUGACAUUCUGAAACAAAAUAAUGUUGAUAGUUCUGGCAUGCGGUUUGAUCGAAACGCAAGGACUGCACUGGCAUUUGUUACCUUGAGAGAUGAUGGUGAGCGGGAAUUCAUGUUUUUUCGUAAUCCAAGCGCUGAUAUGCUUCUUCGCGAAUCAGAGCUUGAUGCAAACCUCAUUAAGAAGGCAAGUAUUUUUCACUAUGGUUCAAUUAGUCUGAUUGAGGAGCCAUGUAAGUCAGCACAUCUUGCUGCAAUGAACAUUGCUAGAAAGUCUGGUAGCAUCCUCUCUUAUGACCCAAACUUGAGAUUGCCACUAUGGCCAUCACCAGAGACUGCUCGAAAAACCAUCAUGAGUAUAUGGAACCAGGCUGACCUUAUUAAGAUUAGUGAGGAGGAGAUCACAUUUCUGACUGGAGGUGAUGAUCCUAAUGAUGAUAAUGUGGUGUUGAAGAAGCUUUACCACUCAAAUCUUAAGCUUUUGGUAGUGACUGAAGGGUCUAAUGGCUGCAGAUACUACACUAAGGAAUUUAAAGGCAGGGUUACUGGUGUUAAAGUGAAGGCAGUAGAUACUACUGGUGCAGGAGACGCUUUUGUUGGUGGGAUACUGAACAGUUUGGCUGCCGACCUAAACCUGUACAAGAAUGAAGAGAAAUUGAGGGAAGCUCUCCUGUUUGCAAAUGCCUGCGGGGCUAUAACAGUGACUGAAAGAGGAGCAAUUCCUGCACUUCCAACGAAAGAAGCAGUCCUCCAAAUUUUGCCUAAAGCCAAUGCUUGAUAAGAUAGUAAUCAUCCUGAUGAUCAUGUAUUUGCUUGAAUAUAAAUCAAUCAUACAGAAUUAAUUGGGUUUCCACUUACCAUACUGAACUAACAAAGUUACUGAUUUGCUCCCUUUUCUUCCCAUGCUAGUGUAUACAGUUGUAUGUUAGAGAUAACAUCGGUGUUUUUGAACAAGCCACAUAAUAUGUGGAACCCAUGAGAUGAUUGGAUUCAACAGCUUGAAGCCUUGAAGAUUAGGUUCUUUUUUCAUUCUGUAUCACAUAUCCCUCCAGCAGUCUCUACACUGUAACCAUCUUCAAUCAAAUUUAUUGUAACCCUCACCAGGCUGGCUUUGAUAGCUUGGUAUUAUCUUUAGAAAGGAAAAUUACUACUGUCACAUUCUGAACAUACUUUUCUUAGGGUUGUUGUAUGCAA